AUGGGGGAACUUCACUAUUUCCUGGGAAUUCAGGUUACAAAAGCUAAAGAAGGGAGCCUGAUUCUAUCACAAGAAAAGUAUGUUGGAGAUCUUCUUGCUAAGGCUGGCAUGACCGGGUGUAAACCUUGCACUACACCACUACCUUCUUCAAUCAGGCUAUUUGCAUUUGGUGGGCCUGCCUUCACUGAUCCACGACUCUAUAGAUCUGUGGUUGGGAGCUUACAAUACCUUACCAUCACAAGACCUGAGCUGUCAUACUGUGUCAGCAAGGUGUCUCAGUUUCUGCAGCAUCCUUUGGAAGAACACUGGAAAUUGGUGAAACGUGUACUUCGAUAUGUCAGUGGAACCUCCACUUAUGGAUUACAACUGCAUAGAGUUAAAGACAUGAUAGUCACAGCCUAUAGUGACUCAGAUUGGGGAGGAGAUCCAAAUGAUCGAAAAUCUACUGGAGCCUUCUGUGUGUUCUUAGGGAAAAACCUAAUCUCAUGGAGCUCCAAGAAGCAGUCAGUGGUUGCAAGGUCUAGCACAGAGGCAGAGUAUCGAGCAAUGGCCAACUUGGUAGCUGAGCUUCUCUGGAUCAAGCACCUGCUGCAUGAAUUAAAAAUUCCACUAACCAAGGCUCCAAUGAUAUACUGUGACAAUCUUAGCGCCGUUCUCCUAGCAGCUAACCCAAUUUUACACUCAAAAUCCAAGCAUUUUGAGACAGAUUUGCACUUUGUCAGGGACCAUGUCAAUAACAAAACAAUACAGGUGAGCCAUAUCCCAGGGUCGGUACAAGUGGCUGAUGCCUUGACUAAGGCUCUGCCAAGCAGGAGCUUCCUGGAGUUUAGAAGCAUGCUGAAUAUUACUGAUGCAAAGCUAUUUUUCAGCAAGAGUAAUGACAAGUUCACCAAAACAGGCACAAAAAGGAGUAUAGAAGAUUUGGAAAGCAGAGAGCAUGAAGAAGUGUGUAAAGAACCAACUAGCAAAGAAAGAAAGGAAGAAGAUUAG